CCGCUGAUCUGCCGACUUCUUUUGUUUACAAUUUGACCAAAAGUUUACCAAUCAGUCAUUUUAAAGUUUUAAACGUUCGCUCAAUCAUAACUUAGGUCCAGAUCCAGUCCUAAUUUCGGCUGAAAUUACCGCGUGAUACUGUUGCAAUCAACUAAUUGUGUAGACUUUCAUUUCAGUAAGUGCUUUUUCAUCUCUCAAACAUUUUGCAUCAUUUCACCCAAGGUUCCUACAGCAAGUCCCGGGAGCGAGGGUCUUGCGAAGUGCGGCGAAGCAUGGAGGGUCGCUGUUGAGAGGCGCCGGAUCAAUAUCCGCGGACGCGGAAGUGCGGCGGGUUGCGGCACGCGCCGGUAGAGGGCGCGCGGUCCCCAGGAUCCCCGCGAAACGGCGGCAGGCACGGCAGUAUGUGGGAUGCAACUAUUUUCUUGAGCACGCUGACACCAAAAUUUUAUGUCGCUCUAACUGGAACUUCCUCCUUAAUCUCAGGAUUGAUUUUGAUUUUUGAAUGGUGGUACUUCCGGAAAUAUGGGGCAUCGUUCAUUGAGCAAGUUUCCCUGAAUCACAUUAGUCCAUGGAUCGGCGGCGGGGAAGCUAUUGGGAACUCUGGGACAUCUAACUCUCCUCCGCAACCACAGCCAGUGCCAGAGUGUAAAGUAUGGCGGAAUCCAUUGAAUCUGUUCCGAGGAGCGGAAUAUCAGAGGUUUCUCUGGGCAACAAACAAAGAACCACUCACAUAUUACGAUAUGAAUCUAUCUGCCCAGGAUCAUCAAACUUUUUUCACCUGUGAGGCCGAUGCCGGCAAAGCUGAGUAUGAAAUCAUGCAAACUGCUUGGAGAGAAAGGAAUCCUGCAGCGCGGGUCAAAGCUGCUCAUGAGGCUCUGGAGAAAAACCCUGAUUGCGCACCAGCUUACAUCUUGCUAGCAGAGGAAGAGGCAACAACUAUACUAGAGGUUGAAAGCAUUUUGAAGAAAGCUCUCAAGUGUGCUGAGAUCAAUUACAAGAAAUCUCAGUUAGCCCAACAUCAAGGCAGUGGGUCUGAGUCUACUUACCGAAGGGAUACAAAUGUCCUUAUUUACAUUAAACGAAGAUUAGCUAUGUGUGCAAGGAAACUUGGCCGGCUAAAAGACGCUGCCAAGAUGUUUAGAGAUUUAACUAAAGAAAUUCCUCCGAUAAUGAGUGUUCUAAACAUUCAUGAGAAUCUCAUAGAAACGCAGCUGGAAAUGCAAGCCUAUGCAGAUGUCCAAGCUGUUCUAGCCAAAUAUGAUGACAUUAGUCUUCCGAAAUCUGCUGCAAUAUGUUAUACAGCUGCGCUACUUAAAUCUAGGGCUGUUGCUGACAAAUUUUCUCCUGACAUAGCAUGUAAAAGAGGUCUCACUCCAGCAGAAGUUGUCGCAGUAGAAGCAAUUCAUAGAGCUGUGGAAUUUAAUCCUCAUAUACCCAAAUACUUAUUAGAAAUGAAGCCUUUGAUUCUACCACCGGAGCAUAUUUUAAAACGUGGUGACUCGGAAGCAAUCGCAUACUCUUUCUUUCACCUUUCUCAUUGGAAACAAGUGGAAGGCGCUUUGAACCUUCUUCAUUGCACGUGGGAAGGCACUUUCAGAAUGCUCCCUUAUCCGCUUGAGAGAGGGCACCUUUUCUACCCUUAUCCAACUUGCACUGAGUGUGCAGACAAAGAACUAUUGCCAGCGUUUCAUGAUGUAAGUGUCUACCCGAAAAAAGAGCUGCCAUUCUUCAUUCUAUUCACUGCAGGUCUCUGCUCCUUUACUGCACUUCUUGCCUUACUCACGCACCAGUACCCUAUGUACAUGGGAAUCGUUGCCAAAACUAUGCUCGGUUGGGCUUCCCUCCCCUUCCACUUUAUACUCGACAAAUUAGAGGCUCUCCUGCCGUCUAACAUCUUGCAACAACUCUCCAGAAUAUAAGCCAGUUACGCUGUGAAAUUGUUGGAUUGCGAUGGCAUGAAAAUUUAUUUUUUGACGAAAUUAGUUUUUAAAAGAAAAAUUGAACUGAAUCAUGUAGCUUUUAAAAUAUUCCCCUGUCUCCUAAAUUUAAGUCUCUAUUUAAUUAAUUAUUUAUUUUUAUCAAUAAAAAAAACUGUUAGUUCCUAA